UGCCGCUUACCGCUGCUCUCUCCUCCCCCGGUAUAAAUGAGCUGGACUCUCCUCCGACUCGCACCUCUUGUUCUUGGGUUUGAGGAAGAAGGGGCAGACUGAUGGCAGCUCAGAAGAGGGUUCUUUUAUUCUGCGGAGACCAUGUAGAAGACUACGAGGUGAUGGUGCCGUUCCAAGCGCUGCAAGCGUAUGGAAUCGCCGUGGAUGCCGUUUGCCCCGGAAAGAAAGCCGGCGAGAUUUGCCGCACCGCCGUUCAUCAGGGUACUGGCCAUCAGACAUAUUCGGAAUCAAGAGGUCAUAACUUCACGCUUAAUGCAGCAUUUGAUGAGAUUGAUGUGAGCAAAUACGAUGGGUUGGUAAUACCUGGAGGCCGGGCGCCGGAGUAUCUUGCGAUGAAUGGAUCGGUUUUGGAUGUCGUAUCGAAGUUUUCCGAUUCUGGAAAAGCAAUUGCUUCGAUUUGCCACGGACAGCUGAUCUUGGCAGCUGCGGGAUUGGUGAAGGGUCGGAAGUGCACAGCUUAUCCCCCUGUAAAGCCAGUUCUCGUUGCUGCCGGUGGUGACUGGGUGGAACCGGAGACGAUGGCGAAAUGCGUCGCUGAUGGUAAGCUUAUAACAGGAGCAACAUAUGAAGGUCAUCCUGAAUUUAUCAGCCUUUUUGUCAAAGCACUGGGAGGCACCAUAACGGGCUCCGAUAAAAAGAUUUUGUUCCUCUGUGGGGAUUACAUGGAGGAUUAUGAGGUAAUGGUUCCGUUUCAAUCACUCCAAUCUCUUGGUUGCGUGGUUGAUGCAGUCUGCCCCAACAAAGGUGCAGGUGAAAAGUGUCCAACGGCCAUCCAUGACUUUGAGGGUGACCAGACUUACAGUGAAAAGCCAGGCCAUGACUUCACCCUUACAGCAUCUUUUGAAAGUUUGGAUGCUUCGAGCUAUGAUGCAUUAGUGAUACCUGGAGGGCGUGCCCCAGAGUACCUUGCAUUAAAUGAUAAAGUCAUCGCUUUGGUGAAGGAGUUUAUGGCUAAUGGAAAGCCAGUUGCAUCUAUUUGCCAUGGACAGCAGAUCUUAUCAGCUGCUGGAGUUCUUAAGGGAAAAAAAUGCACAGCAUACCCUGCUGUGAAGCUUAAUGUGGUGCUGGCAGGAGCAACAUGGUUGGAGCCCGAGCCCAUAGAUCGUUGCUUUACCGAUGGCAAUCUAGUGACCGGUGCAGCUUGGCCUGGGCACCCGGAGUUCAUAUCUCAGCUUAUGGCUUUGCUUGGUAUCAAGGUCACAUUCUAAUGCGCGAGUCUGUUACAAUAUCUGUCUGUACAAAGGACACUCAUAUCCUGUUUGAGCGACUUCUAAAAGUACUGUCCAUGUAUCUACAUAACUCUGCAUGCAGUGAGUGAUCUUGCUUUCGUUUCCAGAGACUUCAGAAUGUAGUUGUACUGUGUGAUUAUUAUCAGUUGCAUGUAGUGAGUGAUCUUGUUUUCGUUUCCAGGGAGUUCAGAAUGUAGUAUUCUGUGAUUAGUAUCGGUUGCCUCUGUCAAGUCAAUGCCCAUCUAUGCCAAUGUUAUGCCUGUUUUGACUGUUGUUCUUA